AUGAACACUGACACUGACACUCCUAAAGUUUUAGGAGUGCAGCACUUAAAAAUCAGAUCAAAUAUGAAAAUAGCAGUGAUCAGCACCAAGCUCCUUAUGGAGAAAGAGCAUGUGAAAUCUUUUCUUAGCACUCUUCCUAUGAGGCCAGGACUCAACAGAAAAUACAUUCCUCAAACACCCAUAAGAAUUCCUAUUUCAAACCCACAGACUUCAAAUAACUGCAAGAACUACUUCACUGAGAUGAAAACCAGUAUUAUUGAGUUUGACAUACUCAAAUUGCCCAAAUGCCAGCUGUUUAAACAGCCAAACCACCAAGUCAUCAUUGAUUCUUCAGUAAAGGUGAUCGAAGACCUAUUUGCAUGUCACAGUCUUUAUUACUUAGGAGACCUAAGGAAAACAGAGGUGGAGCCACUGAGGAAUCACAGGCGAGCCCUCCCCAGCGUGUGCUCACUGGUCCCCAACAGAAGAACAGCUGCUGCAUCCACUGAGCAAUUCCAUUCUGAAUCUCCUCUGGACACCCCCAAGACCACCAGGACAACCCCAUCAGGGCCCUGUCACCAGGCCCAGUCUGGCUCCAUGAUAACCAAGACACAGGUCCAGACACAAGCGCCCUGCAUGGUGCCUGCAUGUGACUCCCCUUGGUGGGUAGUGACCAGCUCACCAUGGAAGAAGCCAGGGCAGCAUGCGGCCAGCUGCCCUGCAGCCCCAGAUGACUCCUGGGCCUUAAGAAGUCAUUCUUAA